AUGGAAAGUCCUUUGAUGAACGAGGGUCUUCCGCCGUCAAGUCCUGUUGUUAGCCCCGUUCGCAAGAAAAGCAAACAAGAAGCUGACGAAGCGGAGUUGAUUGCUGCAAGAGAGGCUCAACAACCGGAUUUGGGCUUGGCUUUGAACGGUGGCAAGCCGGAGUGGGUUACUGAUCUGAAGCAACACAUCGCUGAACAAUUCGGUCAGUUCAGCGGCCUCAUCUCUGGUUUCAAUCAGCGACUCAUGAGACUUGAGGAAGAUGCAUCCCCUCAACGGCUUCAUCGGAUGGAAGAAAAGCUCGUGACUUUAGAGACAGCUCUUCAGGAGAUCAAAGACCAAGGACUCCCAAGGCCUACUCAGGCUGCUUCACGAGAUCGUGCCCUCCCUCACCAUACAGCUGCUCCAAUCACUGGACUUCCUGAUUACCCUCGCAAAGACGAUCAGCAACAUCACCCGUUCUUUGAAGCUGGUAGGGUUGGACCGGGUAUGCUUGGAGAUUCCCGCGAUCAUGCAGCCACGCACUCCUACCAGACCGACUACAACCACGUCAUUGUCGGUGGAUGGGAAGACGGAACGAAGAGGGAUGUCAUUCUGAAGGCGACCAGCACAGCCAUCGAACAACAUCACCCGCCCUUGGAAGUGGACUCCUUGCAAGUGUAUGGCAAACGAGGCUCCAUCUGUCACAUGUAUCUGAAACCUUCUCAAGCACAGACUGCAUAUGAGAGAUACCAGAGCAUUCGAAGUCAGAUUCACGACAAAAUUCCGAUUGAUGCAAAUGGUCAUGGCAAAAUGUGGUUUACAGCAAGCAAACCAAAAGCUGUUAGGAUGCGCAAUCGACGAACGAUGUUGGCAAAAUCAAAGCUGGAACAGUUCCUCACUCAGAUUUCAAGUCAGCUGGAGCUGGAUGUUGAAUGGUCCAAAGGGCUGAUUUGGCUUGGAAAUAAGCGGAUUGCUGCCGACACCACUCACACUUUGAGCGCCUCCAACGGGCAGUAUGUCAUCGCCAUGAGCACUGAUCCUACUCAGGCUGAGAUGGUGUUCCACUUUAACCUGACCAACAUCUCCAACAUGACGGGAGAGGAACAAUGUAGGAUUGAAGCGGCUUUGCACAGAUUGCAAUGA